AUGAAGCUGACCGCUUUCGCCUGCGGGCUUCUUGCCUGUCUUGUCAACCAAGUGGCGGCGACGGCUCUGACGUACAAGCUCGGCGCGCAAGAAAAGGCGUGCUUCUACACCACCACUGUCAAGCCCGAGGAGAAGAUUGCUUUCUAUUUCGCUGUCCAAUCGGGUGGAGCGUUCGAUGUCGAUUAUAUCGUGACAGGCCCCGGUGGAAAGGUCAUCCUCGACGGCGAAAAGGAGAGGCAAGGUGAUUACGUAUUCACUGCCCAACAGCAAGGCGAAUACGAGUUCUGCUUCAACAAUGAAAUGAGUACCUUUGCCGAGAAAUUCGUCGACUUUGAAAUCGCAGUUGAGAACGAGAAGCGUGCCGAACUGCCCUCGAAGCAAGGUAGCACACCCGAACAAACAUCUGUACUCGAGGAGUCCGUCUUCAAGCUCUCCAGCAGACUCUCUACCAUCUCCAGGGGCCAGAAAUACUUUCGCACGAGGGAAAAUCGCAACUUCGCCACUGUCCGAAGCACCGAGGCCAGGAUUAUCAAUUUCAGCAUGAUUCAAUGCAUCCUCAUUGCUUUGAUGGGAGCCCUGCAGGUCUUCGUUGUCCGAUUUUUCUUCCAGGGCGCGCGUAAGGGCUACGUAUAG